CUUCUCAUUUCACCACCAACACACCAAAAUGACACUCUCCUCUUCAAAAAGACCAUCCCUUUUCUUCUUUUUCCUUUCCCUUUUCGCCCUUUCAACCUUUGCCCACGAGUUCUCAAUCGUGGGGUACGCCCCCGAGGAUUUAACAUGCAUUGACAAAGUCAUCAACCUCUUUGAAUCAUGGCUCUCAAAACACGAAAAGUUGUAUGAGAGCAUGGAAGAAAAGCUACAUAGAUUCGAGAUCUUCAAAGACAACUUAAAGCAUAUUGAUGAAACCAACAAGAAAGUUAGCAACUAUUGGCUAGGACUCAAUGAGUUUGCUGACUUGAGUCAUGAAGAGUUCAAGAACAUGUUCUUAGGACUCAAGGGUGAGAUGCCAGAAAGAAGAGAGGAAUCGCCUAAAGAAUUCACUUAUAAAGAUUUUCUUGAUCUCCCAAAGUCUAUUGAUUGGAGAAAAAAAGGAGCCGUUUCACCCGUCAAGAACCAGGGUUCAUGCGGUAGCUGUUGGGCAUUUUCAACGGUGGCUGCGGUGGAGGGUAUAAACCAAAUCGUGACUGGAAAUUUAACAGUGUUAUCAGAACAGGAGUUGAUUGAUUGUGAUACAAGCUUUAACAAUGGUUGCAAUGGAGGUUUAAUGGACUAUGCAUUCUCCUUCAUAGUGAAAAAUGGUGGGCUUCAUAAGGAAGAAGAGUAUCCUUAUAUCAUGAGCGAAGGAACUUGUGAUGAAAAGAAGGAUGUAUCAGAAAAGGUGACAAUAAAUGGGUAUCAUGAUGUACCUCAUAACAAUGAAGAUAGUUUCUUGAAAGCACUUGCAAACCAACCUAUUAGUGUUGCAAUUGAUGCUUCUGGUCGCGACUUCCAGUUUUACAGCGGGGGUGUGUUUGAUGGACAUUGUGGAAGUGAUUUGGAUCAUGGAGUUGCAGCAGUUGGAUAUGGAACAAACAAGGGACAAGAUUAUAUAAUUGUGAGAAAUUCUUGGGGACCAAAAUGGGGAGAGAAGGGUUACAUCAGAAUGAAGAGGAAGACUAGUAAAAGUGAAGGGAUGUGUGGUAUUUAUAAGAUGGCUUCUUAUCCUACCAAACAAAAGUGAUCAUGGCGUUUGUAACUUUUCCUUUUUAUGUAUUUUCUUGCUUCUUGUUUUCUGACUUUUAAUCAAGUCAACCCCAUCAUUCUAAUAAAAAUGCAAC